AUGAAACGAUUUACUUCAGAAAAAUUUGUUUUGAAUGAUUUCAAAUUGAGAGCAACAAAAUCAGCCACUUUUGAAAAUUGCUAUGAAUGCAGUAAGGUGACAUAUGAGUCAGGUAGCAAUAAGACCCAAGUGGACUAUGUAUUGAUGAGAAAAGAAAAGAAAACCAUGAUCAAUAAUGUAAAAGCGAUAGCAAGUGAAGUUUGCAAUGCACAACACAAGGGGAUCGUGGUGGUAGAACGAGGAGGUUGGGAAGACUUAGAGGCAAAGAGAAAGUUGUGUAAGGUAUGGAAGAAGACCAAAAAGGAGGAAGACAGGAUCUUGUAUUGCUCUGAUAAGGCAAAAAAAGCAGUUUACUUGGCUCAGUCAGAGGAGCAAAAGGUAUUUUGUGAAAUGCUAGAUUAUUCAGAGAAAAAAGAAAACAGAGUAAUAAAACAAAUCAUUAGAAAGAAUAGAGGUGUUGUUGGGGUAAGCUGUGUCAAGGAGUCGGAUGGUAAAUUACUCACGGCUAAAGAUAAUGUGAAAGAGAGGAAAGAGAGAAAAGGCUGGUCUAUUAGAUCUGUUAGUGGAGAUGCCAAGAGCUUCAGGGAAUGUAGGUGUCCGGGGAAAAGAUGUAUUGAUGGAGGGGAACAAAAGAAAAUAAGAAAAGAGAUAGAAAUAGAUUGUGAAGGGAAAGUGGAAUGUGUGGAGGAGUUUUGUUAUCUGAGAGAUAUGAUAGGAUCUGCAGGUGGAGCUGAGAGCUAA